AUGCCGGUGGAAAGACCGUCAGUCCGCAAUGAGAUCCAUGGCGUUGUUAUAAAAGGGGCCACAGAUCAGUUUAUCCGGGACAGCGCGAACGCAGUCCCGACUCCCAAAAAUUACGCGCCCGAGGGUCUAGGAAGGAUAAGAGAUGAAAAACAAAAGCAACUGCUAGAAAAGCAAGAGAAGGAGAAAGAAGAGAGGUACAAGAGAAUCCGCGAGGAGGAAGAACUUUUGAAAAAAAUCGCCGUUGAAAAGGCGAGACAAUUGGCAAAGUUGGAGAAAGAUGAGAUGAAAACACUCACGAGUGCUCUUCGAUUCGCCGAGGUUUUGAGAGAGCGGCAGACUCAGAUGGAGUUCGAUCGAACGGUGAAAGCGCGAGAGGAGAAAAAAAAGAAAGAAGAAGCUGAAAAAAGGAGAAAGGAGGCGGAAGAUUACAAACUGGAACUGGCAAAAAAGAAAAUUGAAAUGAAAGAGAAGGCCGAGAGAGAGAAUGAAGCUAUAAAACAAAGGUUCAAGGAAUAUCAGCAGAUGAGGAAAGAGGAGGACGAAAGACGCUUGGCAGAGGAGCUAGACGAAAUUCACUUGAUUCAAACAGAACUCAAACAAAAACAGGAGGAAGAAAAUGCUCGAGCCGCGGAGAGAAAGAAAGCACUGAUUGCCUGCUGCGACGAAAACCGAAAGAUGAUGGAGGACCGUAUAAAUAUGACAGAGGAGGACGAGAAUGCCAAGGAGGCGGCAGUCUUGGAACAAGCUCGCAAGAAGCAAGAACGCGCAAGAGAGUGGAGGCAGCUGGAAAUUAAGAAAGUGCAAGAUAAAGUAGCGAUAGCGGAGAGAAUGUAUGAAAUGGCAGCAACUGCGCAGACUUCACGGGACGAAUUCAACGAAGAGGAAGAGGAACGGAUUAGAACAGCGAAAUUAAUCAA